GUAUUAUCUAAGGGAUGGCGAAAUAGACGUGUGGCAGCGACAUCUAUGAAUAGAAAGUCUUCCAGGUCUCAUGCUGUCUUUACAAUUACAGUAGAAUCAAUGGAGAAAAACAAUAAUGUUGUCAAUAUUCGGUGCUCCCAACUCAACCUGGUGGACUUAGCUGGAUAUGAAAGACAAAAAGAUACACAUAUGGAAGGUUUGAGAUUGAAGGAAGCAGGUAAUGUAAAUUGGUCAUUGAGCUGCCUCAAUCAAGUGAUUACAGCCCUCAUAGACUUUCGUAUUGGAAAACCAAGACACAUGCGCUACCAGGACUCCAAGCUUACUUUCUUACUCCGAGAUUCUCUUGGAGGUAAUGCCAGAACAGCCAUAAUUGCAAAUGUCCACCCUGGAUCCAAGUGUUUUGGAGAAACUCUCUCAACUCUUAACUUUGCUCAGAGAGCUAAGCUGAUUAAAAACAAGGCUGUGGUAAAUGAAGACAUGCAAGGAAAUGUGAGCCAGCUUCAAGCAGAAGUGAAAAAGCUCAAAGAACAGCUGGCUCACCUGGCCACAGGUGCCAGUGCUGUCCCAGACAAAGAAAAUACUAAAUACAUGAAGUGUUUUCGAGAGUCAAUGUUAUUCUUGAAGAAAGCAGAACAUGAAAAGAAGUCUUUAUUAGAAAAAGUUGCACAGUUGGAAGAUCUCAUUGUCAAGAAGGAAAAAUUCAUUCAGUCCAAUAAAAUGAUCAUUAAAUUCCAGGAAGAUCAUAUAAUAUGCUUAGAGAAACUCCAGAGAGAAGCAAGAGGCCAUUUUCUGCCCAGAGAACAGGAUGAGCUGCUUCGUGAGUUAAGGGAAGAGAUACAGACUCUGCAAGAACAGGUAGAGCAGCACCCUCAGAUUGUGAAGUAUGCCAUGCAAAACCACUCUCUCAGAGAAGAGAACAGGCAGCUGCAGUCCUUAGAAUCUGUGAAGAGAGUCCAGGAAAUGGAUGCACAGACCAUCACAGAAUUAGAGCAAGCUUUCUUUGAAAUGUCUGGCACAGAGGAAAAUGAGAAAGGUAAGCAAGGACAUCCUCUGAUGACUUCCUCAGAGUCGAGCACGUUGGCCUCUGUCGAGAAGCUAAGAACACAGCUGGUACAAACGCUGGGUGAAUUGAGUACUUCAAAGCAAGAGUAUGAGGGAUUCAAAGAGCCCUCCAAGAAGAAGCAGCUGGAACUGGAGUCGGAGCUUCAAUCUUUACGCAAAGCACACCAGAGCCUGGGCAUCUUAGAGGCCACCAGAGUGUCCAUGCGCCAGCAAGUGUCUCAGCUGAAUAAGGCAGGGGCAUCAUUUUUGCAACAGCUAACUACUCCAACAAAGACUUAUCAGCUUCGGUCUCAAUUAGUACCUCCACUAAGUCCUGAAAUCUUGGGUGCUAAUAUCAAUGAGCCAGUUCCUCCAGAGAUAAAUGAACAAGCUGGUGAAGCCAUUUCUGAGGAGCUCAAAGUAGUUCAGGAACAGCUGACUGUUCUUCAGACAAAGCUGGAUGAAGAAGAAAGUAAAAAUAUGAAGCUUCAGUAUAUUGAUAAAUUAGAGCAUCAUUCCACACAAACACAGGAGCUCUUCUCUUCAGAAAAAACUGAUUGGCACAAACAGCAGCAGGGCUAUCUCACACAGCUGAAUUCCCUUGAAAAACAGCUUCAAGAUGCUCACGGCAAGAAUGAGUUCAUGACAAGUGAAAUACGUGACCUGCAUAUAGCUCUUCAGUCUGCAGAUACGGAGCUGAUUUCAGUGAAAUUGGAAUACAGUUCAUUAAGGGAAAAUCAGGAAAAGGAGCUCAGUCAACUUUCCCAAAAACACCUGGAUGUACAGCUCCAGCUGGAUAAUGUCAGGCUAGAGCAUGAAAAGAUACUUGAAACAAAAGCCUGCCUGCAGGACUCCUACGAUAACCUUCAGGAAGUGAUGAAGUUUGAGACAAGUGGGCUUUCCAAGGAGCUCCAGGAUAGCCAAGAAGCAAAUGAGAUGCUGCAAGCCAAACUCGGAAAUGUGUUGGAGCUCUUAGAAACAGAAAAAGAGCGUAAUAACAAGUUGAUAUCGCAGUUAGAAGAAGACAAAGAAAGUAAUUCCAAGAAAUUCUUAGAAGUUCUUGAUUCAGUACAACAGGAGAAACAGAAAGAGAUUGCUAAGUGUGAGCAGCAGACAGUAAAAAUAGAGAGACUAGAGCAGAGCUUGUUGGCAGCUGAGAAGACCAUCGCCUCUCUGGAAAAGACUAAGGCUGCUGACCAAGAAGCUGUAACUGAUCUCAUGAGUCAGAUCCAGGACCUGAAAGCAUCUGUUAGUCAAAAAAAUGGAAAUAUAGAUAUGUUAACAAGAGAACUAGAGGACAUAACAUGCAAAUAUAACUCUACCUUGACUGAAAAAGAUGACUGCAAGGCAGAUCUAAAGAAACAAGAAGAACAGAUUAUGGAACUGAAACAAGCCCUUAAUUUGAGAAAAUUGUCUGGUGAUAAGGAGAGAGACAAGUUGUGUGAAGAUCUGGUUCUAGCCACUGACCAGCUAGACAAAUUAACAGAAGCCUCUAAGCAGCAUUCUGUGUUGCUUAAGUCUGCCCAGAAAGAGCUUGCCAAGAAAGAAGCUUUCAUCCAAGAACUUCAGGAGCAGCUAAGCCAGAAAGUUGAAGAACUGGAACAACAGAAGAAUGCAUAUAGUUUGAAAAUGAGAUACCUAGAAUGUAUGAUGGAUUCUGCUUCUGUGUUUCCACAGAGUCCUACAACUCCAUCUAGUUUUCAGACAAAUCUGGCAAAGCUCCUAGAAACACAAGAACAAGAAAUACAAGACAGAAGAGCUUCCACCAUCUCCUUACAGCAUCUUGUAACAAAAUUGAAUGAAGAAAGAGAUGUCAAAAACAUUGAAAUCCUUAGAAUGAAGGAACUUUUAUGUGAAUUAGAAAACACACGCUUAGAACUUCAGCAAUUAACAGAGACCAAUCAAAGCCUGCAAAGCCAACUUGAUGAUGUUAAGCAAAAGAAAGGCAGUGAUCAAGAAUAUCCAGAUAUUCAUCAGCUAAAAAAAGAACAAGAAAAGGCAAUUGCUGAAGAAAGACUCGCUAAGGAUAAAGCAGUAGAAGAAAUGCUGAAAAUGAAAGCAGAAUUGAAAGAAGUCAAAGAUGCCCUUACAGGGAAAGAGAUAGACUGGCUUAAAAUGAUAGAAGAAGUGGAGUGAACAAGAGCUCUGGAAUCAAAAGCCUUCUGGGAGAAGGAGCAGUUGAGAUCCAAGCUGGAAGAACUCUAUGAAGAAAAGAACAGAAUCUUACAGGAGACUAGCAUACUAAGAAAGCAAGUGGAGUUUCUUGUGGAAGAAAAUGGAAAACUAGUAGGUCACACAGAUCCAAAGCAGAAGAUUCAGUACCUGGUGAAACUGAAGAAAGACAAUGCUCGCCUCACUGAGGAAGUUAAAAAAUUACGUGUCGAAAAUGUCUACUUAAAAGGAAGCAGAAAAUAGGACUUUUGCGGGACUUGACUAGAAUCUCGACAAAAGUCAGUGCUGGUUGAGGAGUCUGUUUCCUUUGCCAUUAAAAAAAUGGAAGUAGCAGCUCAAAGUCUAAUGGAGCAUUUUGUCUCCCUAUAAUGAACAGCCUUCUGAUGUCAUUCCAAUUCCCACAGCUCAAGGUUCCUGGAAAAGACCUUCCCACUGAAAAUGCUAAAGACAAUUGGUUCAUUCCUUUGGUUUGUUUGUUUGUUUGUGUUUUGUUGUGUUCUGUU